GUCUGAUAACAACUUUGAAAGCUUGUUAAACAAAUUCAUGUAUAAACCCAAGGAGGUUAAGCGGGCAUAAUUUUAUACGUGCAUGGGUAAUAAUUAAAUCAAGGUUAACAGCUUACUGCUGCUAUUUAUAAAUUAACAUACAUUCAUUUAAUGUAAGCGAGAGGCAGUUUAUUUAUAAGUAUUUCAUUAAAAAUAAAUCUUUAUUGGGUGUUAGAUGAAAUAGACAUGCUAGCAAACAGAGUUGCAAUUGUAACGGCUUCUACAGAUGGUAUAGGAUUAGCGAUUGCAAGACGACUUGGUCAAGAAGGAGCAAGCCUUGUAAUAAGCAGCAGAAAACCUGAAAAUGUCGAACGAGCUACAAAAGAAUUACAAUCUGAAGGGCUUAGGGUCAAAAGUCUCGUUUGUCAUGUUUCAGACGCUGAAAACCGAAAGAAGCUCUUUGAAGAAGCAAAAUCGUUUGGCGGCCUAGAUAUUUUAGUAUCCAACGCAGCAGUAAAUCCAGUUCACGGUGGAAUUUUAGAUUGCAGUGAGUCAAUAUUUGACAAAAUUUAUGAUGUUAACGUAAAGUCCUCUUUUUUGCUUGCAAAAGAAGCACUUCCAUUAUUAAGGAAAAGCAAGCAUGGGCGGAUUAUAUUUAUUUCAUCAAUUUCAGCUUAUUAUCCUCACAUAUUAUUAGGUGCAUAUGGUUUUAGUAAAACCGCCCUCUUAGGCCUUACAAAAAAUGCAGCAUUACAACUUGCACCAGAAGGAAUUACAGUGAAUUGCAUUUGUCCCGGACACAUAGAAACUAGGUUUUCUAAAGUUAUGAGAAGUUCUGAUGAUAUGUUAAAAGAGGAACUGACUAACAUUCCUAUGGGAAGAAUCGGAAAAUCUGAAGAAGUCGCUUCUUCCGUAGCAUUCCUGGCAUCUGAUGAUGCGUCAUAUAUUACCGGAGAAAAUCUUCUUGUUUCUGGAGGAUUUAGUGCCAGACUUUAAAAACAAGUGUAAAUUUAUACUUUCAAAUAUACCUAUUAAACUUCAA